AUGGAUAAUUUUUAUCGUAUGAAUUGGAUACCUGCAAGUGAUGUCAUCUUAGGUAAAUCCUGGCAUUUAUCGAUUCCAAAUCCAAUCAGGUUCGAUACACACGCGUGGUGUCGCUUACAGGAAUUUUCAUCUAUCACUAAAGAACUUAACCAAUCCCGCGAGUUGCUGCUAGAAAAAGAGGAAGAAAUCCAAGAGCUCAAAGCUGAGCGGAACAAUACCCGACUUCUUCUGGAACAUCUCGAGUGCCUGGUGUCUCGUCACGAACGGUCCCUAAGGAUGACUGUGGUGAAAAGGCAAGCUCAGUCACCCGCCGGUGUCUCAUCAGAAGUCGAGGUUCUUAAAGCUCUGAAGUCUCUGUUUGAGCACCAUAAAGCUCUCGAUGAAAAGGUUCGAGAAAAACUUCGAGUUGCAAUUGAAAGAGUGGCAGCUCUAGAAGAAAUAGUUAAUCAGCAGAGAGAAGAGUUAUCUCAGUAUAAGUCUCUUGGAUUUGGGCGUCAUGAUGACCUUAAACUGAAGCGUGAUAACAACGAUGAUAAUUCAAAGAUUGCAAAUGGAAAUCUUGAUGUUGAAGUUGAGGCAUCUAAAGUCAUUGAGUUACAAGACAUAGUUGAAAAACAAGCUAAUGAAAUUGUUUUAGGCCGAAACAAAUUGUUAGAUUUCAGUGGUAAAAUGAGAGAACUUGAAGAGAAUAUGUCUGCUGCACAAAAAGAAGUAACUCGCCUUCAACAAGAAAAUUCAAAACUAUCUAGGGAUUUACGUGAAAACAAUGCACAAAAAGAAGACCAGGAGGAGCGAAUCACAACUCUGGAAAAGAGAUAUCUAAAUGCUCAAAGGGAAUCCACUUCAUUGCAUGAUCUGAAUGAAAAGCUAGAACAAGAACUUUCAAAUAAAGAAGCUCAGUUAAAACUAAGUGAAGAAAAAAUCAAAGCUUUACUGGAAAGAUUAGAUUUAGCUGAGCAAAAGCUAGCACAGUUUUCUGUUACUGCUGAAUCUUUAAAUGAUAGCUCUGAAGAGAAAAGUAAAAUGGAUGCUCUUAGCCAGAUCCAUGAAAGACAAGGAAGUGUUGAAGAGAGACUUUUAAGACUUGAGCAGCAAUUAGAAGAGAAAAGCACUGAACUGUCUAGGGCUAGACAGAGAGAAAAAAUGAACGAAGACCAUAAUGCUCGACUUGCUGCUACAGUUGAUAAGUUACUUGCCGAAUCAAAUGAGAGAUUACAAAUGCAUUUAAAAGAAAAAAUGCAUGCACUGGAAGAAAAAAAUUCUUUGGCUCAGAAUUUAGAUACAACUAAAAAACUUCUAGAAGAUACACAAUCAGAAAAAGAUAAAAUAAUUGGUGAACUUGGCAAAAUGAGAAAUGAAAUGGACUCAUUAAGGCAUGAAUUCCAAAAUUAUAGAUCUGAUUCUCUAUCAAGACGUUCUGCCAAUCAGCAAAGUCUGUCACCUUCCUGGGCAAAUUAUACUGCCACUAGUGGAUCUGUUUCUCCCAACCGAAACAUGAAUCUUAUCAAUUCUGACUCAAUUAAUACAAGUAUAGGUCAUAUGUACACAACUCCUUCCCCAUCAGGAUCUCAGAAAAGUCAAGGGACUCUUAGCAACAGAAAUGCUGAAGAAAAUUCUAAUCAGAACUGGGACAAAAUGGAACAAAGUCAUAUGAUAUCUAACGUUCAACAAGGCUUUGAUACCAGUGAUAAUGAAUGCAGCCAAGAUGAGGAUGGUAACCUUUUUGAAUCAAUGGAUAUUUUGUCACCCUCAGGACAUACAGACGCACAAGCUCUCGCUCUGAUGCUGCAGGAACAGUUGGAUGCUAUAAAUAAUGAAAUAAGACUAAUACAAGAAGAAAAACAAAGUACAGAACAGCGAGCAGAGGAAUUGGAAUCGAGAGUAGGCAGUAUGGAUACUAUGAGUUUGUUGGCUAGAGCACCAGAGAGGCCCUCUCCACCUCCCAGUGGACGUUCAACACCAAAGUCUCAUCUAAGUCCGAAUAGAGACUAUUUACAAAAAUACCACACAGCUCCUGCAUCUAUGACCCCUGCUCAUAUGUAUCAAUAUGCUUCAACAAGCCAGCCUCAAUUAGCUGAUUCUAUGCCACCACAGAUCCAAGCUGUAGCUGAAUCAAUUGAUGACAGUCAACUAUCCCGGCAGUCAAGUCCUCCGACUCCCCGCUCACUUAGAUUAGAAAGAAUUUCUCACUCGCAGUCUCAAAAUCCUGAUGAUUACAGAAGCUCCCUUCAGUCAAAUCCUGCUCAUCCUUCAUCAUCAAUACCUUCUUCAACAGUUCCUCCUGAUCUACUCAGUAACACUUCACCUUUCAGACCCACAGUUGAAAGUAGCUUAUUAAAUGCUACCUCACCCAUCAGUUCUAUUAAUUCAUCUCAGGAUUCUCUACAUAAAGCUGCUGCCAAGAAAAAGGGCUUCAAGUCAUCAUUAGGAAGAUUCUUUAGCAAAAAGGAAAAAGUGAAAUCUAAAGAAGCAUUGAGCAAAGAACUUAUGGUGCAAGGAUCUGGUGGAUUCCUUGAAAGUGAGGCCUCCACUCCAGUAGAUUCUACUCCUCCUUCUGGAAGUGUUGUCCAGAAAGCCGAAUUUUGCCGCAGAGCCAAUAAAAACUUCCACUCCUCUCAUGUGAGACAUGAGCUUCUAGCUGAGUCUAUGAAAGCAGGUACUCCUUUUGCCCUAUGGAAUGGUCCUACAAUAGUUGCCUGGCUUGAAUUAUGGGUUGGCAUGCCUGCCUGGUAUGUGGCUGCUUGCAGAGCUAAUGUUAAAAGUGGUGCUAUAAUGUCUGCUUUGUCAGAUACAGAAAUUCAACGAGAAAUAGGUAUCAGUAAUCCUCUUCAUCGAUUGAAACUGCGCCUUGCUAUUCAAGAAAUGGUUGCACUAACAAGUCCAUCUGCUCCAAAACCUUCUAGAACUAGCUUAGCCUUUGGUGAAAUGAACCAUGAAUGGAUGGGAAAUGAAUGGUUACCAGCACUAGGCCUUCCCCAAUAUCGGUCAACUUUCAUGGAAUGUUUAGUUGAUGCUAGAAUGUUAGACCAUCUGACUAAAAAAGAUCUACGAGUUCAUCUUAAAAUGGUUGAUAAUUUUCAUAGAACUAGUUUACAGUGUGGUGUCAACUGCCUAAAAAGAUUAAAUUAUGAUCGGGAAGCGCUAGAAGAAAGAAGAAAAAAUUGUGAUAUGGAAUUAAAAGAUGUUCUAAUUUGGUCAAACGACAGAGUAAUCAAAUGGAUUGAUGGCAUAGGCUUGAAGGAGUUUUCAAACAAUCUAAUUGAAUCUGGUGUUCAUGGUGCUCUCAUAGCAUUGGAUGAUUCAUUUGAUCAUAAUGGAAUGGCUUUAGCUUUACAAAUACCUACAACAAAUACGCAAGCAAGACAACUAUUAGAACAAGAGUUUAACAACUUAUUAUUGAAAGGAACAGAAAGGAGACCUGAUGAAGCUCAUAAGCAUGCAGUUCAUACUGUGGGUACUCAUCAUAAUGUGCAAGGGGAUCGCUUAGUUUGAUGGAAGAUAUCACUUAAAUGUGCAUAUGUUGUGGUUAAUUUAUUAUAUAAAGUUACAAAAUAAAAAUGUAGAUUACUUUUCAUGUACAUACAGAAAAACUUGUUGAAAGCUCACCUUGUAAAAUAGAAGCACAUUUGUACAAAUGCCUUUCAUUUAAAACAUGUGCAUUUUUCUUGUUGUAGAUUUCAGAAUUUGAAGUGUGGCUAAUUUGUUGGAUUUUGUAAAAAUUUACUUUCCCUCACAUUCUGAUAUCAAUUAUGUUAUUUCUUCAUCAAAUUAUCCCCUUUGUCUUUUAAGUUGUAAAAACAAUAUCUUGUUUUUAUAGAAUUUUUUAAUUAUUUUUCGUAGAUUUGCCUAUAAUCUGUUAUAAUUUUGCAUUCGAAUUACAUCAAGUUAAUUAUAAAAUAACAUGUAAAUUAUAGUACUGGAAAAUAUAUUCUUAAAAUCAAAAUGUUAAAACCAGUAGUACGUAAAAUAUCACUUCAUCUAGACUGAAUGUUAUGGAACAGAAAUUGUAUAGUAAUAUGGUUUUGCUUUUUAAACCUUGUUUUAAGUAUAUUCAAUACCAAUGUUAUCUGUGAUAAGGAAUAGUGAAUAACAAAUUAUUGGUUUUUCUUUAUUGUUUAAAAAACUUAAAUCAGAUGGAUAAGAAUUUUGAGUUAAUACUUAUAUUAUUUGAAAAAUGGGUUGGAAAUUUUUGUAGAUUUUUUUUAACAUGAAAUCUUGCUUUUCUGUUGUUCAAACCUUUUUUAACCUUACCUUACAGAAACAGGUAUUAUUUAUUAAACACUUUCUAUAUAAUGUA